AUGGCUACCAUGGGAAACAACAACAUAAAUGCGAAGCUGGUGGGUGGUCAAAUUUCUGCGCCUCUCUAUUUCUAACCUCCGAUCGGAUCUCAGGUUUUUAUGUUUCUUUGAGAGAUGCCGUUGGCUCUUUGUGAUCGCCGAUUUAUUUGGUUCCCUGCCUAUUUGGAGAAUUUACCAGGUGCUUCUGGGGGACAUGGGCGCUGGAAAGUCCAGCCUCGUUCUGCGCUUCGUGAAGGGCCAGUUCCUUGAAUUCCAGGUCAUUUUCCUUGCUCUACUUUCUGAUGAUUUCCGUUUUCUCGAUGUUGUGUACGGUUUUGGGAUUUGAAUCGGGUGUUUGCAGUUAGGCUCAUAUCUUUUUCCUUUUCUUCCGCAGGAGUCGACCAUUGGGGCGGCGUUCUUCUCGCAGACGUUGGCCGUGAACGAUGCCACCGUUAAGUUUGAAAUUUGGGACACGGCUGGGCAGGAGAGGUACCACAGCUUGGCUCCCAUGUACUACAGGGGCGCAGCGGCGGCCAUCAUCGUGUAUGACAUCACCAGCACGGUACGACCAGUUUCCUCCAAAAUUUGGAAAUUACUCGUGUGGCCUUGUGCCAAAAAAUCACUCUAAAGUUUUCUUUGCAUUUCAGGAUUCAUUUGCCCGGGCAAAGAAAUGGGUACUAGAGCUUCAAAAACAAGGUUAAGUUUGUCAAAAUAUUUUUCUCGUUUCUGCUGUGUGUUUCUUUUAGAGCAUGUGAGUAUUUCGAAUGUUGCCUAUUGGAAAUUUGACAAUUUUGGAUGCAGGUAACCCAAAUAUGGUGACUGCUCUUGCCGGAAAUAAGGCUGAUUUAGAAGACAAAAGAAAAGUGACAGCAGAGGCAUGUGCCUUGACCCAUUCUUCUUCACUAUCCAUUUUCUGAUUUAUUCUUAUUCCGAAACUGCCUUAGUGGUGAUAAAUCCUAUUAUGUUUGAAACUUAGCAUUUGCUACUCCUUUUCUUCAUGUCUUCCAUUUUCUGAAAUUUUGGAUUUAUUCAAGUCUUCAUGUUAGUCUCCCUUUUGUUUCAAUUUUCCAUUUUUUAUUAUGGUCUGAGGAUCACAGAAAUUUGGACCACUAGGUGCUUCGUAUUUCAUGUGUAUUAUCUUAACAAGAUGACAGUUGUGUAUUUAUAAUACAGAAGUCUCUGCUUUAUUACUUUAUUGUACUAAUAUUCGACUGAUGCACUGUUACUCCUUAAGUUUGAUUGCAUAUACGUUUUUGCCCAUCCGGAUCAUUCCCUUGAAACUAAGAACAUGAAAUGGUGCACAGUGAUGCCAAGUUUUUGCCUUCAAUGAGGCCACGGCAUCAUCUACCAAAUAUCAUGGGAGAUAUUUGAAGAUUUGUUUUGGGAUUUUACUUAUCAGGCACAUGACAUUUUGUGUGCUUCGUGUUAUUUCGGGCUGCGGGGACUACAAGAUGUCAGUGAUAUGUGUGAAGGGAUAAAAAACGAGUUUCUGACGUUACCCCAUUUGGAGCGUCCUUCUAUAUACGACGAUCAUUUAGGUCUUCGCUCGAAUAUUGUGCAAUUUAAGGGAGGAGUGUUCACGAGGUGAAAAUCAUGACUUAGUACUGUGGCACGUUUGAUGGGACAAUAACAUAACUUUCAUUCGUUGUUACUUGAUAACUUUUUACCUUUCUCCUUCCUAAUUGGAGAAAAAAAUUCCUUCUAGUUGAUGCCAACUGCCAUAGUAUUCGGUCGUAUCUUUUUGUACCCAAUCAUGAGGCCCAAUCCGGAGAUUCAGAUACAUUUGAAUUUAUUGGAAAGAUUCCACAAAAGCACUCCAAUACUAUGAGGUUUACGCUUUAGGGUGUUCAACUCUGUGACGUUAUUGCCUUUCUCCUCUUUAAUUGACUGCUCUUUCUAUCUUUUUCAUUUUGGUGAAAGUCUUCCUCUCCACAAUAGGGUUUUACUUACCUGUUUCUUACCAAAUUACUACGUCUCUCUUACUAAAAUGUGUUUUUCUCUUUCUAGGAGGAAUCUUGAUAGGAUCAAAGAGUUGUGGCAUAUUUCUAAUUUCCUUCUUAUUAUCCUCUGAGAAAUGAGCAAACAUGUUGAUCUCCGAUGAUCUUUACAAUUGCAAUGAAUCUAUAAAAGCACGAGUUCUGUUGAUAUUCCGUCCUUUGAUAGACUUUCUCUAGUUUUUUGUUGUUAAUUCUUGGCUUUAGCCUUAAAAAAUUGUCGUCAGAAUAGCAUCUGGCUCUUUAGGCCUUAUUGGCACUGUGUUUGCAAUCAGAUAGCCUUUACCCUGCUCACUCUAAUUGGUUAGUCUAGACGGAUGACCUAACCUAGCCUUCUGAAAGGCUAUCCUUCCUCGUUGAACGUGGAGAAAGAAACAGAGAAGAACUCUGAGGGGGAAAAAAAAGAAGAAGUAAGAAUAUGGAAGUAGAACCUGCAGGUCGGGACAGAAAUAGAGGAGAGAAAGAAAAUAAGGAAGAGUCUGUUCCUUUAUGCAUUUUAGUUAGUUUGAUUCAAGGAAAGGAAGACUCAAGAAAGAGCAAGGUGACCACUAAUGGUCAUCAAUAUGCCUUUUAGGUGAAUUCUGGUUUUUUUUUUUUAAUGUUCUCAUUUGAGGGAUUCCAACUGCAUCAAUUGUUCAUCUGUGGGUUGUGUAGGGAAUAGCAGAGAACAAGGAGGAAUUUAGUUCAGCAGCCUUUGCCAUUGCGGAUUGUGGAAGUUCUGGAAGGAAUGGCGCCAUUUUGGCAUAAUAUCUCUAACCUUAUUAGAAUAGUAUGAAUUCCUGGGCUACUUUAGCCCUAAUUUCAAUAUCCUUUUAUGCAUUUCGUUUUUUGGUUGACAAAUAGGAAAAGUGCAAGAGCAGGGCGACCAUUUGUAGUCAUCAUCAUUUCUUAGUGAAUUGUGGCUUUCUUUUUGUUUUCAUAUUGGCUGUAUAUUUGGGAUGCAUAUUUGAAAAUUCUUGGCAUAUGCUUUAUGUUUUGUUAAACCUGGACAAGGACAUGAUCGGAUGGUCUCAUGUUCUCAGUUAUGUGUGGAACAGUCGUGGUUCUUGUGGAUCAUAUAAGAACUUGUUAAACUUGUGAUUUUGUGGGGCCUCAUAUUCUCAUGGCAUUACGUGCUUCUACCAACUUAUUAAACCUCAAAUCCCGGUUGUUUUAGUGGGGGAAAUCAUGAUCACCAACAACACCAUGCGGUGUGGGAAAUGAGGGUCAUGCUGAAACAUAUACGACAUUUUUUUCUGUUACAUAUCCUUGCAUGGUCGAUUUCUGGCGUGUUAUAUUUCAUUUUCUGCAUUGUUUUGAAUUUUAUGCCUAAGAAAGAUUGCUAUGAACUUGAGCAGGUGCACUUUCCUUUGCUAUUGUUGUCAGUUUCUAAAGUUACUGGUUCAUGAUUGUCCUUGCAGGAAGCGCGUGCUUAUGCUGAAGAGAAUGACCUUUUCUUCAUGGAAACCUCCGCAAAAACUGCAAUCAACGUCAAUGACAUAUUUUAUGAGAUAGGUAGGUACUGCUGUCUUCUUUUAUUAUUAUUGCUGCCUCAUCACUCGCUAUCCCACAAACUAAAAAAUUCUCGUUGUUCUCUCAGUUUCUUUUUGGAAGGUCUCUUCUUUCUGAAUCUCGUGUGCAUUUCUUCAGUGAAUCGCCAUAGCGUAGUGCUUUUUUGGCGUGCCAGUCACGAAGCAACUAUCAGUCCACUCAUGGGUGGAACUGGGUGGAGCAUCUUAUGGAUACCUUCUCUAUAGAUUUGGAAAGUUUUACUUACCUGUGUUUCAGAGUUGAAUCGUUGUCGACGAUGAGCCUCAAGUGGAUGGUAGUUUCAUGGACGGUAUCGCUUAGCUGCAGUAGGGCAUUUAAGAUUCGGGGCAGCCGAGGUAGAAGGGGAUCAUUUUCCCGCAAUGGACUCUAGGGACCAAUCCCUUUCCGGGUAGGGAUUGGAAUCGGACCAAUCCGCCUAGAUGGGCAGUAGGUUUUCUUUCAGUAAAUUUAAUUUAUUUAACAUAAAUGAUAUUGUCUUGAAAGAAGAAAUUAGUUCUUGGGAGACCUUUUUAAAACGCUAUAAAUGCCUCUCUUUUUCAGAACCAGUCUCGAAUCAAUGAAUUCCCUUGUUCCUGCCCAGCUCAACCAUAUCCGACCCUUUUCGGUUGAUUUCUCGACCCCUUACUCGGUGGGAAGAUUUUCUUUUGUGAAGAUUUCAUAAUUUGUAUAACAUUUAUUCGUUCCGCUUAUUGAUUCUCUGUCAGAUUUAUUUAUUUUUCCAUUCCUUUUUGUUUGAGUAUCCUGGUCUGUUGUUCUUCGAUCUCCCUCAUCGUGCUUAAAUGGUCCUGGAUACUUGUUUGGGUACAGCAAGAAAGCUUCCCCGGGCUCAACCCGCUCAGAAUCCGACGGGUAUGGUUCUUGCCGACAGACAGGCGGAGAGGACAAGGACUUCCGCGUGCUGCUCGUAG